AAAAUUUAAGAUUAUAUUUUAACUUUACUUGUGAAAGUUUAUCGUAUUGGGCUCAAAAUACAGGUCUCGCGAUAGCCCACACUUAGGACAGCGAAUUACCAUUUUUUUUAGUAAUAUUGAAUUUUGAUAAACACUUCCUUUCCUUCCUUUCCUUAUGGCUGACUCCUCUAAUGAGGAGAUGUGCUAGAGAUAUGCGGAGUAAUCUUGCACAUGGUUCUUAUUUUGCAUAUUACAGUCCUGAACUCCUUCCAUCCAGAAAACUUUCGACCAAUAGAAAAGGACAGAACGGUCCUUACGGUUUGCUCUCUCUUUCUAUUCCCGGUUACACUUUUUGCGACAACAGUGAGCAGUCCAGUACUAUAUGUCGAUGGCUGUUUCAACCAAGCAUACACAAGAAUGAGCGCAAGAAGAAACAAAUCAGCAUGACAGAGUCCUCUACGAGUUAAGCAGAGUAAACACAUGACUCGAUUUGUUGUGAGGAGCUUGUCAAGGAGUUUAACAGUAAUCUCGGACACUUUUGUUAUCACAUUGUAGACAAAACUACAAUAGUCAACGAUAGUGCAAAUGACGUUCUAGUGCAGUCAGUAGUAUUAAUUCAUUAUUCCAAUGGCUGAUUUCAAGGUAAUAAGCUCAGAUCUCCAAGAUCAGAAUUACGAGACUAGAGUCAGAACUAAUAGUUUUGGCACAACAGCCUCAACUCCGUCGUCUUCGUCAGAUUAUAUUACUGGCGAUGCUGAUGAUAGUUCUGACAGUAAAGGAACAAUACCCUUUACUUUAAAGUCUGUUGAAACACAACUACUACUAUCAGCGGAUGCCUCUGAGGAGGAUCUAAAGGAAAUGGAAAGAAAAUGUAAGCAAAUGGUCCUAGAGAGUGAGGAAUGUUCCGAAGAAAGAAAGUGGUUGGUUCGUAGACUGAUCGAAUUACGCCUAAGAGUUCAAGAACUUCGGGAAACCUCUGAUGAAAGUCUUCUUGAGACUCAGGUGAUUCUGGGACAUCAUUUGGUACCGCAAAAGCACCAUAUUGUUACUACAGGCCCUAUAUAUUGUGAUCACUGUAGUGGUGCUAUUUGGACAAUGCUACAGUCUUGGUAUAUGUGUAGCGACUGUGGUUUCUGCUGCCAUUGGAAGUGCUUAAAUAGGAUAUGUCGAAUAUGUGUACAUGUAGUAGCCAGCGAAGCAGGAGGCUAUACAUAUACCAGAGAUAUUUGUCCAGAAAAAGGUUUAUCAGCACAGGGCUAUAAAUGUGCAGAAUGUAAUGCAAGAAUAACAUUUACAUUCUCGAAAGGAUUAUCACUGUCAUGCUUUGGCAGUCCUUUCAGAUACACAGAAUCCAGUUGGGUGGAGCCAAGACUUUGUGAUUACAAUGGUCUCUAUUACUGUCAGCGAUGCCACUGGAAUACUUUGGCUGUAAUACCAGCCAGAAUAAUAAGAAAUUGGGAUAUGGAACCACGAAGGGUUUGUCGUGCAGCUGCUCAACUCUUGUUCCUUAUAGAAGAACGACCUGUUCUUCCUCUAGAGCGAUUGAAUCCUAAAUUAUUCACACUUGUACCUGACCUGUCUCUUGUUAAGAAAUUAAGGGAAGAACUACAAAUGAUGAAGCGGUACUUAGUGCUCUGCCCAGAUGCUAAUACACAAGGUCUACCCUGGCGUUCAGGAUUGCGUACUCAUCUUGUGGAGAACUCUGGAAAUUAUUCUAUAAAGGAUUUGGUUGACUUGCAAAAUGGCACUCUUAUAGAAGAGAUUCGAGCUGCCUAUGAUGCAAUGGCUAGUCAUAUAACAGAAUUAUGUGCUCUGUGUAAGGCACGUGGACAUCUCUGCGAAUUGUGUGGUAAUGAUGAAGUUAUUUAUCCAUGGAAUGAAGCUGCAGUUUCCUGCCCAAAAUGCGGAACUGUGUAUCAUAGGGUUUGCUGGUCCAAACGGAAUCAUCAUUGCCCAAAGUGUAGGAGGAUUGAACAACGUUUCGCAUUGCAAUCCACGGACUUGACAGAGAGCGACAAAGAAUGUGAAAAAGAUGAACAGGACAUAGAACAUUGUGAUAUUUCUCAGAAAGAUUUUCUUAAUUAAAAUGUACAGAAUUUUCUUUAAGAAUAUAUAUCUUUAGAAGCUUG